AUGGCAGGUAGUAUAGAGAGUCUUAUGAUUAUAAACAAAUCUGGUGGGUUAAUAUAUCAUAAAGAGUUUAAUAACGAUGCUAAUUCGAAACCUAGAUUAAGUAGUAAUGAAAUGUUGGUGUUCGCAGGUACACUACAUGGUGCAUAUACUAUAGCAUCUCGACUAAAACCCAAAGCCAUUCAACUUAAGAACGAUAGUAGCUAUAAUAUUAAUGCUAAUACCGCACCAAGAGUCCCUUAUGUGCCUGGAUUAGGUGUUAAUCAAUGCAGUGGAACUACGUUUAAAGCACCAGAUUUUUUUUCAGAAAGUUUCCCAUCAUGGAAUAAAACAGGUAUAAAACAAAUUGAAACAGAUGAUUUCACUAUGUAUUGUUAUCAAACCUUGACUGGUGUAAAAUUUAUAAUGGUAACACUACCGCACAGCUGGGUAAACGGUUUACAACAGCCAAUUAGUGUCGCUGAUAAUAUUUUGAGAAAGGUUUAUUGUUUGUAUUCUGAUUAUGUUAUGAAAAGUCCCUUUUAUUCCUUAGAGAUGCCUAUUAAAAACGAUAUAUUUGAUAAGAAAUUGAAAUCAUUUAUAGCCAGCUUGCAGAGAGAUUUUUAA